AUGUCAGAUCCACCCAAGCCCCUCCACGACAAUGUGUCACGCACCAAAUCCAGCUCCCCACUAGGACGAGCGGUCUUCAUCGGCCUCCGCGCCGCCGACGUCUGGUGGCAGUACAGCUUGUUCAGCCAGGGCUGGGCCUCCCAGCUCAUAACCAAGCUGGGUGGCUCUCCCGUCGUGGCCGGCAACGUUUGGGCCACCUCCAGCAGCAGCCUUCACAUCUACUACCACCUCGUCAGCCUCCUCUCCCUGGGCAGCAGCAUCAAGCAGAUCGCCGCCAUGCUGUUCGUCUCCGAGCAGGAAACCCCCGUCGGCUCCGCCGCCCUGAUCGCCUUCUUCAACACGGCUUUCAACACAAUUAACACCCUCCUCGCCAUCUGGUCGCGCACCUCCCAAGCCCCAGCCUCCACCAACAGGACGCUACUGGACUUCAUCCUAGCGAACCCCACCGUAACUAUUGGCUUCAGCGCCUACCUCAUCGGGAUAUUGACAGAGGCGAUCUCCGAGUUCCAGCGUCGCGCCUUCAAGAAAGACCCCGCCAACAAAGGCAAGCCCUACGGCGGGGGUUUGUUCUCGCUGGCGACCAAUAUCAACUAUGGGGGGUAUACCGUCUGGCGGGCGGGGUAUGCGAUGGUGACGGGCGGCUGGCCGUGGGCGGCGACGACCUUCGGGUUCUUCUUUUGGAAUUUCACGGUCAGGGGCGUGCCGGUGUUGGAUGAGUAUUUGGUCGGUCGGUAUGGGCAGGCUUAUGAGGACAUCAAGGCGCGGGUGAAGUAUCGGUUGAUUCCUUCGGUGUAUUAG